AUGAGUCCAAAUAACUCUAAACGUGAGACCGACGUCGAGUCAGACGGCGAUCAAAUGAAGGAUGACCCUGAUGCUACGGGCCGCUCUGGUCGGAUUACCUUUGAGGAAGCCACCUCUGCGGAGGGCCUUCGGUCUAUCUACCAACCGACUCAUCUCUCCCGAACUCGCUCCAUCAGCCGUGAUACCAUCCGCAGCAGCCACAGCAGCAUCCAGGGCGGAGCUACGCUGCCCAUAGAGUUCCGGACUCUGUCUAUACAUGUUUCGGAGUCUCAACAAGCCCCGAAACAGAUCAUCAACGACCCCACAAAAGAGAAGCACCCACAACAAGACUACUUUGAGAACUUGGACUUUCACAUCGUCUCCCCUGAGAGAUUGUGCCAGGAGUUCAAUGUCGACCAACGUACUGGACUCACCUCUACCUCUGCUGCUACUCGCUUACAGAGAGAUGGAAAGAACGUCAUCGCACACCACAGAGAGAAUUAUCUCAAAAAGAUCUUUUUCUAUGUCUUCGGUGGCUUUUGCUCCGUUCUUUGGGUGGGUGUGGUCAUCUUCUUCGUCUGCUGGAAACCCCUCAGCAAUCCUCCUUCCGCUCAGAACCUCGCUAUGGCUGUUCUCAUUCUUAUCGUUAUUGCUCUCCAAGCAAGCUUCUCGGCCUUUCAAGAUUGGUCCACGGCCCGGGUCAUGAAUUCAAUUCUAGGCCUGCUCCCCGCAGAAGCGAUGGUCAUGCGUGAUGAGAAGCUGGUUCAGAUACCCGCCGCUGACCUCGUCGCUGGAGACAUUGUCCACAUUGGAAUUGGUAACAAGGUCCCGGCCGAUAUGCGCAUUCUUCAAAGCUCAGGUGAUGUCCGAUUCGACCGGGCAAUCUUGACUGGCGAGUCAGACGAGGUUGAAGGCGCCAUCGAGUGCACCGAGAUCAACUUCUUGGAGACUCGAAACAUUGCCCUCAUGGGAACAGGUGUGACAAAUGGAAACGCCGUUGGUGUCGUCGUCUUGACAGGAUCUCGCUCGGUGAUGGGUCGCAUUGCCUCAGUCACAGCCGGCGUCAAGCAAAAGAAAACUUUGAUCCAACGUGAGAUCAAUCGCUUCGUCACCAUCAUCGUGGUCCUAACGGUCUGUCUGGCGCUACUGAUUCUGUUCACUUGGCUGGGCUGGUUGCGGAAAGAUCACCCGUCCUACAUGAGUGUGGUCGCCAUGCUGAACAAUGUCAUGGGAUGUGUUGUGGCCUUCAUUCCCGAGGGAGUGCCUGUCGCCGUCGCCUUGACUCUCAUGAUGAUCGCAAAACGCAUGAAGAAGACCAACAUUUUGCCCAAGGGUCUCGCAACCGUUGAGACUUUGGGUUGUGUGAACGUGCUCUGUUCUGACAAGACUGGUACCCUCACCCAGAACCGCAUGUUUGUCAAGUCUCUUGGAAUGGUCGAUUGGGAAUACAACCUUGAAGACCUGGCUCCCGGCGAGUUCGGCACAGUUGACCUCCCCGAUGGACUGCGUGACAUGGUCCGCGCAUCAGUUCUAUGCAAUGACGCUAUCUACGAUCCAACAACCAUGAACAAACCUGUCCAUGAACGAACUGUCCAUGGCAAUGCAACUGAUGCAGCUGUUCUGCGAUUUGCGGAUAGUGUGGGCAUGACUUCACCCAAAGCAUUAGCUGGAUAUGAUCGAGUCCACCAGAUUCCUUUUAACUCCAAGAACAAGUGGAUGCUCACUAUGCACUGUGAGCCGGGCUCGAGCAGUGAAUAUAACCUCUAUGUCAAGGGAGCUCCCGACGUGCUUCUAGAUCGUUGCUCUACCUACUGGUCAGCAGUUCACAAUGCAAUUCGUCCGCUGGACCUCGAGGCUCGUGAACGGUUCUCGAACUUUCAGGCCAAGCUAUCUCGUCGCGCAGAGCGGGUGAUUGUCAUCUGUCAACGUCGUUAUGCCCCUCGCUCUGCUCCUGGCUCCAACGACUUCAGCGAUGAAAUAAUGGAGUCUGGUGUGAAAGAUCUCACUGUUCUUGGUAUCUUUGGAAUUGUUGACCCACCACGUGAGGAGACAGCUCGAACAGUCGCUUCUUGUCGCAAAGCAGGCAUUCGCUUCUUUAUGGUGACUGGUGACUUUGGAUUGACUGCCGCUGCCAUCGCUCGAGAGAUCGGAAUCUACAAUGGAAGUGUCGAGCCUGAUACCGUUGACGACCUCGGGGAUGGUCUUGAUCCUUCAAUGGAGAUCAAAAUACCAAAGUCCCGCCAGAGCUUACUUCUUGAAGGCCCCAGCUUGUCAUCUCUGACGUUGGAGAAUUGGGAGACAGUCUGCGGCUACGAUGAGAUUGUAUUUGCCCGCACUACUCCCGAGCAGAAGCUUCGCAUUGUGAAGGAACUUCAGGCCCGUGGCUGUGUCGUAGCCGUGACAGGUGAUGGUGUCAACGAUGCCCCAGCACUGCGCCAAGCAGACGUUGGCAUCGCCGUUGGAUCUGGCAGCGAUGUUGCAAUUGAAGCCGCUGAUCUUGUCCUCCUCGAGCGCUUCGACUCUAUCAUCGAAGCUAUCCGCCUUGGCCGCUUGGUCUUCCAGAACCUGCAGAAGGUCAUCGCCUACCUGCUGCCCGCAGGUAGUUGGUCUGAGAUCUGGCCUGUCCUCAUGAAUGUCUUCUUCGGCUGUCCUGUACCUCUCAGCACUUUCCUCAUGAUCAUCGUCUGUGUGUUCACUGAUCUGUUCCUAUCCCUCUCCCUCAUCAUGGAGAAAGAAGAAUUCGAUCUCCUAAGCCUACCCCCACGCCGUCCAACAAAGGACCACCUCAUCAACCUCCGUAUCUACGGACAGUCAUACCUCUUCGUCGGUGUCAUGGAAGCAUUCAGCGCCCACGCGAUGUUUUUCCUGUACAUGUGGCGCCACGCCGGCAUCCCCUUCUCCGACCUAAUCUUCGCCUUCGAGAACUACGGCGAAGGCUUCCACGGCUACACCGCAGACGAGCUGAACCACUUCAUCAGCGUGGGUCAGUGUGUCUACUUCGUCACCUUGGUCAUCAUGCAAUGGGGCAACGUGCUAUCCGUCCGCAGCAAACGGAUGUCCAUCCUCCAAGCUGACCCCAUUCGACCUGCGCGUCGCAACCCAUGGCUGCCUCUCGCUAUUCUCAUCUCCCUCGUCAUUGCCAUCUUUGUCACGGAGGUUCCUGGGAUCCAGAACAUCUUCAGCACGGCUUCUGUUCCCAUCGAGUUCUGGCUUAUCCCGCUUGGUCUUGCUAUGGGUGUGCUCUGUAUGGAUGAGUUGCGCAAGGUUCUUGUGAGACUCUUCCCCAAGGGUCCUGUCGCUUGGGCUGCAUGGUGA